CGAACUAACAGAGAAGAUGGGUAAAUAUCGAUAGGCUCUGUCAAACAUCGAUAGGAUCGAUAUUUUGAAAACAUCGAUGACACCGAUGAUGGUAAUGAUGUUUCCCCACCUCUACGAUCGCGCCGACUUGCAAAAAAAAAACAAUAAUAUAAUGUUUUGAGAUUUUUUGUUAUUUUGUAUUAUCUUUGUCUUUUUUGUGUGUCCUGUCCAAUGGAUGAGAAGCGCUACCUGAAGCGCAAGGAGAAGGCGCGCAGCGAUGGCAACCGGGACCAGGUGGCGAUCAGUUGCAAGCAAUUGGGCGACUUCUACAACCAGCAGGGAAAACACAACGAGGCGGUUAGGGAAUAUGUCCAGGAGGCCCAGAUUUAUGCCGCCAUGGGCAAGGAACUGGAAACGGCCAAGGCCAAGCGGAUGGUGGGCGAGAUGUACACCCUGCUGUGCGACUACGAUGCCGCCAAGGAUCACAUAAACGAUUACCUGAAGAUUGCAAAGCGCCUGAAGAACCAGGUGGAAGAGCAGCGGGCAUACGCCACUCUCGGACGCGUUCACCUGCUCCAUGGACAGACUCUGGCAGACAGUUCCGCCUCCGAAGCCAUGGAGCAGCUCAAGUUGGCGGAGAAAAAUUUCAUUCGCAGCCUCCUGCUGAUCAAAGAACUUUCGGGUCAAAUUUCCAAAGUGGAGCAACUCGAUAUGCAAGCUCGCUGUUACCUGAACAUCGGCGUGGUGAAAGAGCACAUGGAGGCUUUCCAAGAGUCCAUCGAGUACAUCGACAAAGCCAUUAAGAUCAGCAAAACGCACGAACUGUGGGAUCUGACCCACUUGUGCUACGUUUCGAUGAGUUUGCUCUUUAAUUGCAAAAAGAACGACACAACUUCGGCGCUGCGCUUCUGCAACAUGGCUUUGCAGGUGGCCAAAAGGCUGCCCAAUAAGGUUAAAAAGAUCUGCGAGACGCUGAUCACGAAGGCGGAGAUCCUGAUUAAGGCGGGCGACUUUGCCAGCGCCAAGCAAAUACUCACAAAGGCUUAUAAGAAAAACACGCCGGACGAGAACGAUCGGGGAACUAUUGAAAAGCAACUGAGAGUUGUGGUGAAGAUCUGCCAGACGCUGGAUGAACUGGUCCUUACCAGCUCCCUGGACUACGGCAAGUUGAAGAGCUUGUAUGAGAAGCUGGGCGACGGUUGCUGUCAUCUGAUGAACUAUGAGAAAGCUCUUACCUAUUACCAAAAGAUGUUGGAGAACGCAGAACUGAAUCAGGAGAGCGGCAAAACUCUGGUGCCCAUCUACGUGAGUCUCUAUCAGACUUAUCGCGACAGUGGGCAGUUUGACAAAGCCCUGGAGUACCUGUGGAAGGAGUUUGAGUUGAACCAGGAUGUUCCCUCGGAGGCGUUUACCACUCUCUGCACCAUUGCCGAGAUAUGCGAGCAGCAGUCGCAUCCUUUCUGGACGGUCCAUGACGUUUACCAGAAGGCUCUUCGGCAGGCCGACAAGGCUGGCAGCUCCUCUGACAAGCUGGAGAAGAUAGCGCUGGUGAGGCUGAGGCGGCUGAUGCUAAAGCACAAUAUGCAGGUUCUGGUUGAAAAUCUGGAGGCGGAAGCCACAGCCAAGGGCAUUGAUUUGGACCAGGAAGAAAGCCUUGGCGAUGAAGAUGAGGAUGCUGUGGCUGGUGGGACUUCUGUGCAGCAGAAUACUCCAGACUGGGACGACGAUUUCGACCUGGCAACGCUCACCGACUCGGAUGCCAGUGAUCUGGAUGAGAGCGAGAAACCACGUCCUCAAAGAACCACCCGUGGAAACAGAUCCCUAGUCAUUAAGAAGAACAACAAGGGCGAGACGCAGCUGCAUCAGGCGUGUAUAUCGGGCAACCUGGAGCUGGUCAGACGUCUCAUCGACCAGGGCCACACGGUUAAUGUGCGAGAUCACGCUGGCUGGCUGCCACUCCAUGAGGCCGCCAACCAUGGUUUUCGGGACAUUGUAGAGCUGUUGCUGGACAAAGGCGCCGCAUCUGCCAUUAACGACAAGGGCGGAACCAGUUGUGAUGGCAUUACUCCACUCUUUGACGCCUGCUCCAAUGGAUUCCUGGAUGUGGCUGAACUUCUGCUGGACCGUGGAGCGGAUGCCACUGUGCGGACGGACUACAAUGAGACCUGUAUCGCUGGUCUGGACAAGUGGCGGCAGGGAGCCCAGCUGGUGGAUGGAGAGCAGGCGCAGUACGCCCAAUUGCGCGAGCGACUCCUUCGCACACUUUUAAAGGUUGGCAUCUGCAGUGACCGUAAUGCUCGACCCCUUACCAAUGCUAAUGUAAAAAGACUGAGCAGUUCGGAGCUGGGAGGCCUAUCGGAGGAAGAGGAUGAAGAGGAGGCCCUUCAAGAGAGUAAUCGAAUAUCGCUGAGGCACAACCGAUCUGCAAGUGAAUAUGGUGCUAACAAAUCCGGUAGCUCAACCCAGCCAAGUGCCAGCAAAGAAUACAGGAGUGUUAUGGCGCAGCUUAAAAGACCCAGUCGCCUAAACGAUGAUUCUCCCAGUACCAGUAAUACAAGCAAGAAGAAACGCAAUGCCUUUCUUAAAGAUGAUGAGGUGGAUGCGGAUAAUUGGCUGAUCGAUGAUGUGGGUCCGGAACGCAAACGCAAGCGCAUUAACUCAGGAGACCUUUGUAGGCGUCCCUCUAAGGAGAACCUUCAAGACUCAGCCUUGUCCCUGCCUGCAAACUGGGAGGAGGAUUUGCUCCAGGCCACUCCAGAGAUGGAAUAUUCGCAGCGGCAGAAGCAAAUGCGGAAACUUACCCUCUCCCGCUCAUCGAGCAUGAGUAGCAAUCAUAGCAGUUCAGCUGCACCAAGUCGGAGAAAGCAUCAGGCCACUCUGAUGGACAGUGGCUUCAGUAGGUUCCGAAGCGAAAGUCCUCUGGGCAGUGAAUCGUCGCAGGAUGGCGCUGCUUCUGUGAUCAGCCUGCGCACCAUUGAACCCGACUCCACCACGAGCACUAUUCAACUGCUCAUCUCUCCGUCCAAAUCGUCGCCUAUUAAAGUACAAACUACUCCUGUUUUGGCCACUACUGUGUCAUUUAAAGUUAAAGUGCAGGACGAGCUGCUAUUAGUUCCUGUCGAACGCAAGAAACUGCAGGACAUCAACAUACGUUGGCUGGCUGAGGAAGCCGGAAGACGUUAUAACAAGUUGACAGGCCUAACACCUCUCCUACGACUGAAGACCGCCGAUGGCUUCGCCUAUGAGGAAACGGAUGCGGUGAGUGUGGCUCUCGAGCAAAACAUGUUAAUGGCCACCAUUCUGGAUUGGAAAAUCUCACCCCUUUCGCAACGAUACGAGGAGAUGUGCCACCAAGUGCAGAAGACCGUGGACAACAAGGUAAAGCUGCUUUUGGAGCGCUCACAAAACACUCAAAUGUUGGAGCUCUCCGGAUUGUGGAUGCGGGCACAGCAAACUGAGCCCAUUUUCAAAGCCCUUCUUCAUCAAGCUCGACUGACGGUUUUGGAUCUCUCCCGAAACUUCAUUGCCAACGAAGGAUGUCAACAGUUGGCCAAGUCACUGCCCACGUUGCUCCAACUCAAGGCGUUGCGACUGCAAUGCAAUGCGAUUGGCUCCCAGGGCUUGGAGGCCCUGCUCUGCGGCCAGGGCAUGGAUAGCCUAGAGCUUUUGGAGGAGCUAAAUCUUAGCCAGAAUCCGUUGGGAAAUGCCAGCCUAAGGAUACUGCACAGGUUUUGUGCCAGUCCCGCUGGUCGAGCUCUGACUUCUCUACAAAUUGCUCAGUGUGAGCUAACGGAGUUGCAGGACUUCGACCUGGGAUUCAACCAACUAAAAAGCUUCGACAUCAGCUUCAAUCAACUCACCCAGCAAAGUGUGCGCCAGUUGACAGAUAAGCUGAACAGUUGUCGUCUGGAGCAAUUGGUUCUCAGCUAUGUGCGCUGGCCGUUGGACGAGGCCAGUGGAUUUGCUUUGGGUGAGCGAUUAGUAUCUCUUCUAGAAGGUGGCACAUGCGAACGAUUUGUGCGGCUAGAACUCGCCGGCUGUGGUUUAAAUGAUGCCCACCUGUACCAAAUUUGCCAACACUUGGCCAAAUCCAAGCAACUGCAAUGGCUGGAUAUCAGUGAUAAUGUUAGGCUAAGUGGAACGGCCCUUGGAUAUAUCCUAGAUGAACUACCCCAACUGCGCUCCCUGCUGGCCACCAAUUGCAGAAGUCUUCUGGACGACACUCGACUCCAGAAAAUCGAACAACAAAAGCAGCUGCCACGCCGCUUCGACCUAACAAUCGAUGAGCAGGUGUUCUCCAUGCCCGGCGCCCUGGAGACCCUUCAGUCCAUUUGGCAGCUUCUGUUCGGCGACAAGGCCAAGAUGUUGGCCACAUCGAACAGGCGGAAAGGUGGCAGGCGAUACAAGGGGAUCAUCAAACUUUUGGCCGACGGAAACGAUGCGGAAUAGCGUUGUCUCAUCAUGUAUAAGCCAUUUUAAUUUUGUUUUAUUUUUAUUGUUUGACAAUGACAUACAUACAUAUAUAGCAAAUCUGA